UGCCAACGAAUUACCCAGUCAUCACAGCACUUGGGAAAUUCCUCCGUCGUAAUGGCCAUCAGAGCCUUCUUCGAUUCAGCUUUUAUAUUCUCAACUGAGUCAAAACGGUGUCCUCGGAUAGGUCAUGUCUAUUUGCUGAAUAAGCAGAAGUUACACGAAGAACUACGAAAAAAAUACAGAAAAAAUCACUUUAGCCUACACAAACAGUUUGCCGGUUAAUAAGCACAAAAAGCAUAGACGUGCAUGUAUGUGUGUGAGUAGGAAAAAUGUGUACCUGCAUUUAAAGGCGGCAAGUUUAUGUUAAACAUUCGCGAUCGCCUCACCUGCCCAGCCUCGAUGUGAAUGAAUACUUAUAAACAUUGAAUUUAUUCACUCAUCUCGGUUUGCGGAUUUUCGUUUGCGGUUUUCGCUGUGGUUUGUUUUUGUGGUUUUCGGCUCUGUUCAUAUUAAUUUAACGGUAAUGACUACACGCGGUAUACGUCGCAAGAAAUCGACUUUGACAGAAUUAAAAAUCGCUGUCGUUGGAUCGCCCAGCGUGGGCAAAAGUGCUUUAAUUGUGCGUUUCCUCACCAAGCGUUAUAUUGGCGAAUAUGAUCAUCAAACAGAAAAUCGAUACAAGCAUGAAGCGAUGGUGGAGGGGGAGCCGGUGCUGUUCGAAUUACUAGACACAUGCCCCAAGGCUAAUGAUGAGUUUCCCAAUGCCGCUGAGUUGGUGCAAUGGGCCGACGGCCUUCUGCUCGUCUACUCGAUAACCGACCGCAGCUCGUUUAAUUACAUACGACGCGCCAAAUCAGACCUACAAUCCGAUACACCAGUGCAAUUAGUGGCCAAUAAAGUGGAUAUGGUGCAUUUGCGUCAAGUUAGUCGGGAUGAAGGUGAAAUUCUCGCCAAAGACUUUGAAUGCAAGUUUAGCGAAGUCUCAGCGGCGGAUCAUGUCGAUCAGGUGGCCGAAGUGUUCCACGAACUAUGCAAGGAGGUGUUGGCGUCGAAGCGCAAGUCGAAACAAAGCCUUUUGGAGCGUAUGCUGGGUGGCGCACGACCCUACAGUCGAGGGAAAAGUGACAGUAAUCUGCCGAAGGACUGAAAGCAGAGUGCAAGUAGCCGAGCACACUAAAUGUUGCUGUGAAACGCAGUUAUGAUGCCGCUCCAUAGUUUAAGCGUCUCGAUUAUUCAGUCGACGUUCGUAAAGUUUAGCGUAAUUGUAAUAAUUUCAAAAAAAAAAAAAAUGUUUUAAUUUAUUUUUUUAUGUAGCGUAUAUUUAAUACAUUUUC